AUGCGCGUCCACGCCAUCGUUCCCUUCAUCGCCUACAUGGCCUUCCUCCAAACAGCCUCAGCAGCCCCCGGUCGCGAUGAGCCCACCAUCAUUCAAGGCGCCGCCGGCCAAUACGUAGAGCGCUGCUACUGGUAUGAUUCGACGCACAAGACUUGCAGGCCGGUGCUGAUCCCAGGCAGCAAGAAGAACCCGUACAAGGGUGCCGUCCCGGACACUGGUUCGGAUAAGCCAAAGGGACCCCAUGUGCCCAAGAAGGCUGAGAAGAGAUGGGUCGGCUCGAGGGUUACGGGAACAGGUCGCCUGGACGUGGACUCUGUCGAAGAUAUCGCCUCUUCGACGGACGUGGAAUUCCUGGAUGACAUGUUAUGGAUAGUGAGUGUCGACUCUGUGGACGACAUCGACAUUGCCAAAGAUGAGCCGCAGACGCCGUCUCAACCUGAGAACGAGGAUGGCGAACAGACCAUUUGA